AUGAAUUACCUCGCGUCGCUUCGGAACCUUCUCAGAUCCAAGAGUGUUAACUCUGGGACCACCACUGCCCACACAAUUCUUACCCCACAACGACUCCUAACACUUGCACGUACCCCAGCCCUCGAAAACUCAUGGUACUUCAUCGCCGCUGCUGCGUUCGCCAUUUGUAAUCAUCCCGAGGAAAUCCCCAAGAUUUUCCAUAUGGCCCUUGUGCAAUCUCCCAAUAAUCUUGCUACUGCUGAAGCCGCCAUUGAUCAACUGAACCGUGUGACGAAUUUAUCGACCGAUGGGACCCCUCCACAAACCCUCGAGUCAAUCAUCAUGAGUUGUGAAAAUAUUGUGAAUAAACUAAAACAGCGACAAAUCGCCAAUGAGCUCAGGGAAGCAUUAUUGAAAGGCGCGGCAUUGGGAGGACUACCACGGUGUAUCAACGCCAUGACGUUACUUCGACACACCACUCCAUUGGAUCUCCGAGAAUCCACCCACAUUAGGCAAAAAGAAGGACUUACCCAUGAACAAGAACGUGCCAGAGGUCGAGAGUUUUGGGAUGUGGUAUAUGGGAAAGUAUCACGAAGGGUCCAGGGGCAAAUGGAAACCGCGUAUCCUGAUAUGUUGGACUACGCCUUGGAUCAUGUGUACGGCCCGUUAUUGUCGUUCACUGGGGUGUUGGGGGCCAAAGAGAGUAGUUUGGUAGUGAUUGCUUGUCUUGUACCCCAGGAUGUCAAUCCUCAAUUGAAGGGGCAUUUGAGAGGAGCCCAGAAUAAUGGAGCAACAUUAGAGGAAAUUAGAGCCGCUAGACAAGUGGCCCUUGAUAUUAGUGAAUGGUGUGGGAUGAAAAUUUCGGAACCAGUGGCGAAAUUGUAA